AUGGCGGGCCGCAGAACCGGAGGGACCACUCCGAACGGCUCGCAGGCAGGAGACACAAAUAGCAGCGAGCAGAUCGACAGCAUGCGGUCUGAGAUCAGUUCGCUGACACAGCAAAUGGGCCAGCUGGUGCAGCUGGUCGGAGGACUUGCUACACGUAUAGAGGAGAAGUCCGGCGGUGCCACGGAGGGCGCCGCUGAAAGCGGCGGCGCCGUGGAGAGCGUCGCCACAAGCACUGCAGGUCAUUUUGGGACCGUGCAGUACGACGGGAGCGCGCAGGCAGCGGACCUGCGACGAGAGUCUGGUCCUUCGGGACGACACAGCGGCGAAGUAGGGGGUUCAGACCCCCAAGAGGUGAGAGUAGCCGCUGCUCACAAUCAAGCUUGUUUCAGCAGCGCCAUGGGAAGUGGUGCUGCUGUCUUCGGUAGUGCGAGCGUGGGAUACCAAAGCGUGAAGUACACAGCGCCCACGUUCAGCGGAGACGCCAAGAGCUUUUCUUCGUGGCUAGAGGAUUUUUUGAUGGCAGCGAACACAGCAAACCUUCUUGAGCUUUUCGAGGAGGGGGGGGCGGAGAUCCCCGUAAACAGUGGGCAGAGCAAAGUCCAACUGUCCAGGUUUUACCCGCACGACAAAGUAGAGCUCGCUUUCCACGCGUGGAAUUUCCUCCGUGGAGCUCUCAAGGACGAGAAAGACAGGACAAUAAUGAAGCGAGCUGAGUCGCCCCUGGGGGCGCUCCGUGAGCUGAAGGGGUUGUACGACCCAGAAUCGUCCAUGCAGCCUGCGGAUGAGUUAAAAUCCCUGACAUCCAAGAAGAUCCCGAUGGCAGAGAAUCCGCAACAUGCUCUCAACAGUAUGCUCGCCACCGCAGAGUCCCUUUCGAAACGGGGGCUUGAUGUUAACGAAACCUUCGUUUUGCACCUCUUCUUGGAUGCCCUCUCCAACGAGUACGCUAUGACCAAGCACGCCCUCAGACACAAGGAGAGGUUGACAAGGAGCGGCGGUACCGGGGACAACAAGUUCCCGGGCCGGUGCUUCACGUGUGGCCGUUUCGAACACACGCAGCAGGACUGCACCACCAAGGAGAGCGACUACCUCCUACAGUGCUCACACUGCGCAGGAUGGGGUCACAGCAAGGACAAGUGCGCGGCGGAGGAGGCCGUCCUGGCGCAGAUCGUCCAUGCCGACAGCGACGCCGACUCCGUCGACAACCAGGCCUUCUGUGCGGCGCCGGGCCUGCCAGGCGAGUGUGGUGCUGUUGACCUAGGUCUAGUGGGGGUAACGGAACUAGGCCAGGAUGUCAUGGUGUACAUGCCUGAUACAGCAGCCACGUGCUCCAUGUUCCGAUGCGCAAACGCGUUCGUGAACUACCGCGAGUGUAGUGGUUGGUCAAGGGGAUCGGAGGCAACAAGGCCCCCGUUCCUCUCUUAGGGUACGGAGACGUGACCGUAGUCUUUCUGACCGAAGGCGGUAGGGUACCAGCGCUAAUCCUGAACGCCGCUCAUGUGCCCGAGUCCCCCCACAACCUUCUCUCACUGUCGGCGUUGGCCGAGGAAGGCCACACGUAUUCCGGCCAGAAGGGGGGGCUGACUCUCACUACGAGAGCCGGGGGGAAGGUGUGGUUCCCCCGGACGGGUAAGCUGCUAACUCAAGAAGGCUAUCAAAUUGAGCCAAAGUAGACAUCGCCUGUGCCGCAACAAUUGUUCCUGUAGAUACGAAAGCAGCCACCCCCACUGACCUCAACUACUACCACAAUUCGCACGGCCACACGCACGAGGAACUGCUCCAGAAAACGGCGAAACAGCAAGGAGUGCAGCUGACGGGAGGACCGCUGCUACCAUGCCUCGGCUGUUCGAUGUCCAAGGGGCAGGUGAAGCCCAUUUCAAAGAGCACGGACACACGCGCAGCUAAGAAAUUGUUCCGCCGCUUUCUCGACUUCGGGGGGAGGAUGCAGUUCAAAAGCAUCGGUGGCAACUGGUACACCCUCAUCAUCCGAGAUGAUUGCACCCGCUGGACACGUGUUUUCUUUCUGAAGCACAAGUCUGACGCCGCUGCCGCGUUCGAGCGAU